CGUGGUCACUGUUGGACUUCCGAAGUCAAGUGUAGUGGUGGUCAUAGCUAACAAUAUUAUAUAUAUAUAAAUAUGGAGGUGGUAGCCAGUUAUUGUUAAAUGCAACGGACACCGGCAACGCGUCUUCACAUAUUUCGCUGGCAUGGACUCCGACAACUGUAUUUGAAUAUCAGAGAACGAAAAACUAUAGUUGAAAUCUGAAUCGGUGUCGGAAUAAAUAGUGUUAGCCAUGCUCCUCCUAUGACUAGACUAAGAUAGCAGGCUAGCUCUACUUGACUAGUAGUUAGCUAUACAGUGCCAGUCGGUGUGUGUAGAUAUCUAUCCUGUAGGUCGACCACUAGAAUAGCUAGCCUAGCUACCCAAGCUAGUCCUGCUUGUACUACGACUAUCAACAAACGUAGCUAGCACUUCAACACAUUGGAUGAUGGACGUAAAUUACCGCCUCAUUAAGCUAAUAACAUGUUAUUCACUAUCGGCAUUCAAAAUAGGCGGUAACGCGUUAACUGUUAGCUAGCUAACUGUCUAAAUAAGCUAGUAUAUUAGCUCUAGGCUACAUUAUUCAGCUCUCUACAUCAAUGUGACCAACAGCAGGAGCUAGCUAACCAAUAUUGUUACACCAUCACUAGUAGUACAGUAGUAGGCUAUUAGCGUAGCCACAUUGGCUAAUGUAGCACUACAAUGUCUGUGUGCACCUGUUUCCAUUUCAAGUUCUUACAGCUAAUAAGAUGAAUCCAUAAAAUAAUCAAAUGGCUGGUUUGGCGGGGUUGUCCUCCCGUCGAUUGUCCAUGGGUAUUUGGACAGUUAGUGAUCUGUUGGAAGUGGCCACUUUCGGCAACCGGUCAACCGGUGUGGGAUCAAGGGUACGAAUCUCAUUCGGAAUGAGACAACAAAGCAGAUAUGUGACAUCAUACGGUAUCCUAAUGACCCGGAUUCCCAGAGAUCUCUUUACUUUGGAGUGGAGGACACUUGCUAAUACAAGAAGCAGAACUUUUAUAAGUCUGACCAACAAAAGGAAACAGUACUCUGAACGGAGAAUUAUUGGCUACUCAAUGCAGGAGAUGUACGAUGUGGUAGCUAAUGUGGAUGAGUAUAAGCACUUUGUGCCAUGGUGUAAAAAAUCUGAGACAAUCAUGAAGAGGACCAGUCAUGCAAAAGCCCAGCUAGAAGUGGGUUUCCCCCCUAUGGUUGAGAGAUACACAUCCAUGAUCACCAAUGUGCACCCUCACCUUGUAAAGGCUAUAUGUACAGAUGGCAAACUCUUUAACCACUUGGAGACUGUUUGGCGCUUCAGCCCGGGAAUACCAGGGUAUCCCAGAUCCUGCACUGUUGACUUUUCUAUCUCCUUUGAGUUUCGCUCGUUGCUUCACUCCCAGCUAGCUUCAGUGUUCUUUGAUGAAGUUGUCAAGAAAAUGGUGGCAGCCUUUGAGCAACGAGCUGGCACAAAGUUUGGUCCAGAGACAAAAAUACCAAGACAACUCAUGUAACAUGAGGUGCUGUUACUGUGACCUGGAGAUGUCAGGGAUCCUACACAUGUAGCUCACAAGCCCAAUACAUAUUUUUCAGUUGUAAGGAUUGUUGGACAUUUUCCAGUAUAUCUAGUUUAAUCUUUCACUAACAUCAAGAAACUCAAGACACUGUGGUCUCAAGACAAUAAUUGUGAUUGACUUCUUCAGAUUAUACAUCCUCAAAAAUAACAUGUUUGCCACACCAUUGUUUUAGGCAUUCAAUGAUUGUCAUGGAAUUGUCAAAAG